CAGGUCCUUGUCCGUCUCACUCUGGGCUGUGUGUUCAGAACCUAGCAGGACUCCACACGUGACUGUUCAAUGGGCGAAUGUUCAAAUGUUCUCUGUAGUGAGUAGCCCAGUACAGUAGGUCUUGGGCUGUGAUCUUGUGGAGAGAAAAGGCUGCCAGGAAGGAAAAUGGUCAUUAAUGGAGGAAGGCCUCUGGGGCCAGGGUGGGGGAGGAGGGAGGCAGGAACUGGAGCUCCUAUUUAAAGGGGACAAAUUGGGGUAGGCCCGCAGCCCGAGUGCUGCCCUGACAAGCUGGGCCCCUUCCCUCACGUCUCCCUGCCUCACCCCUCCUCCUUCCCAUUUGGUCAUCAACACGUCUGGCAAACAAGAAAGAUGAAGAUAACCUAGCUGUGGUCUCCAGAGCUUGCAGUUCAAAGCCACGUCCUUGCUUCUGCUGUGCACCCCAGGACCUGCACCUUAGCUGCAGCUAACCAUGGGGAACCACCUGACUGAGAUGGCACCCACUGCCUCCUCGUUCUUGCCCCACUUCCAGGCCCUGCACGUCGUGGUCAUUGGGCUGGACUCGGCGGGGAAGACCUCGCUCCUUUACCGCCUCAAGUUCAAGGAGUUUGUCCAGAGUGUCCCCACCAAAGGCUUCAACACAGAGAAGAUCCGGGUGCCCCUGGGAGGGUCCCGUGGCAUCACUUUCCAAGUGUGGGAUGUCGGAGGGCAAGAGAAGCUGCGGCCCCUGUGGCGCUCCUACACCCGUCGGACAGAUGGGCUGGUGUUUGUGGUGGAUGCUGCGGAGGCUGAGCGCCUGGAGGAGGCCAAGGUGGAGCUGCACCGAAUCAGCCGGGCUUCGGACAACCAGGGCGUGCCCGUGCUGGUGCUGGCCAACAAGCAGGACCAGCCUGGGGCACUGAGCGCAGCGGAGGUUGAGAAGAGGCUUGCAGUGCGAGAGCUUGCGGCAGCCACGCUCACCCAUGUGCAAGGCUGCAGCGCUGUGGAUGGGCUGGGCUUGCAGCCGGGCCUUGAGCGCCUGUAUGAGAUGAUCCUCAAGCGGAAGAAGGCAGCCCGGGUAGGCAAGAAGAGACGGUGACCCACGGCUGUCCCCUCCUCAGCAGUAGGGGUCUGCACACUCGGACAGCUAGGCGGGAGCCCCUCAACUCAGCUCUGGGGUGCAGGACCUGUCCACCUCCAUGAAGGACCAAGGAGCACACGGGGCGUCCUGUUUCGGUGCAGCACUGGGACGGGGUGGGAGAUGGGAUGUCUUCUCAUAUCCUUCCCGCAUCCCCCCCCAGAGAAACGGGGGCCGCAGGACUGGGGAGGCUUAAAUGUAAACUGUGACUCUACCUCGACCCUGUUUCUUCCUUUGCUUCUCUGGCUUUUUGAUUAGAUGUGUUUUGGGGCAAAAGAAGGCUGUUUGGAGAAUGCAUCUGGGAUGAACGAGGGCUAUCCCUCCCCUGACCAGCUACCCGCCCCCCCCAACUGGGGAGUCUCCCCCAGCUGCUUUUCUAGGGAUGCUAGUCACAAUAGUCUUUAUUUUUGUGUCUGUGUGAAAGUGCCAAGAACCCCUCCACAUUUGUAGAUCCAUAACUGUUUUUAUAAGCUGUGUGUGUCCUCUGUAUUAUUAUUAACUAUUUUUUAGCAUUAUCCUAUAAGUUAUUAAAGCCUGACGAUGCUGUAGCUCUGA